ACCCUUUUUUUCUCUCUCUUCGAUAAAUACACAUACACUCUGUUCAACUCUUUCUCUCUCUCUUCCGCUCAAAAAUUAGGGUUUUUGUUUUUAAGCUUCCGUAAACUAAAGUUAUCUUCUUCACAUCUCUAACCCUUCACUAUGUCCAAUACCAACGAUAUCAACUUGUCCACCAUCGCCGCUGCUCUUAAUACAGCGGAUAAAUCUGCAAUUCUUAACGCUCUUAAGGGUGCUAAGGCUGAUAUGUCUUCAAUUCUUGAUAAAUUGCCACCUAAAGUUCUUAAGCGUGUUGAGGUUUUAAGGCAGAUUCAGAGUGAGCAUGAUGAGCUUGAGGCGAAGUUCUUCGAGGAGAGAAGAGCACUUGAGGAUAAAUACCAGAAACUAUAUCAACCAUUCUACGCCAAGAGAUUUGAAAUUGUCAAUGGUGUUGCUGAAGCUGAAGGAGUUGCUAAAGAACCAGCAACUGAUGAAGGAGCAGAUAAAGCUGCUGAAGAGAAAGGAGUGCCAAAUUUCUGGCUUAAUGCACUGAAGACUAAUGAAGUGCUGGCUGAGUCGAUUCAAGAGCAUGAUGAGGAAGCUCUCGGAUAUCUCAAAGAUAUCACAUGGUCUAGGGUUGAGGUGCCUAAGGAUGAUGAUGCCCAAAAGGGUGAUGCUUCAAAGGGUUUCAAGCUUGAUUUCUUCUUUAAUCCUAAUCCUUAUUUUAAAAAUUCAAUUCUGACAAAGACAUAUUACAUGAUUGAUGAGGAGGAGCCUAUUUUGGAGAAAGCCACUGGGACCAAAAUAGAGUGGUGUCCUGGUAAAUGUUUGACCCAGAAGCUUCUGAAAAAGAAGCCAAAGAAGGGUUCUAAGAAUGCCAAGCCAAUUACAAAAACCGAAACUGUUGAGAGCUUCUUCAAUUUCUUUAGCCCUCCUGAAGUCCCAGAGGAUGAGGAGGAGAUUGACGAGGAUGCGGCGGAAGAGCUGCAAGCUCUUAUGGAGCAGGAUUAUGAUAUUGGAUCAACAAUCCGUGACAAAAUUAUUCCCCAUGCUGUGUCAUGGUUUACUGGUGAAGCUGCUCAGGAUGAUGAGGACUUUGAACUAGGUGACGAAGAUGACAUUGAUGAGGAUGACGAAGAUGAUGAGGAUGACGAUGAAGAGGAUGAGGAUGAUGAUGAGGACGAUGAUGAAGAUGAGGAUGAUGAGGAAGAUGACAAGCCUAGCAAGCCCAAGAAGAAAGUUGUGAGGACACCAGCAAUGGAUGGUCAGCAGUCAGCUGAAAGGCCUCCAGAGUGCAAACAACAGUGAUGAAUAUCAGUGUGGUAAUGUGGUUGGUUGGUGAUGUUGAUUGAGGAAGAGCAGCAAAAUUUUGGAUUUAUCUUUUCUUUUUUCCUUCAUUUGUUAUUAAAAAUAUCGAAGGAUGCCAAUACAAUUGUAGCUUUUUUAGUCGUAUUCGCUAUUAUUUGCCAGGAUCAGACGAUUGGGAUCAAUUAGCUUACAUAUGGUGUGUAACAGAGAACUUGUUAAAACAAAUAUCUAUAUAUCUUAUAUGGUGAAGCUUUGCUCUACCGAGGUUCUGUUUUUGAAA